AUGGCCGAUAAAGAGGCAACUGUCUAUAUCGUGGACUGUGGCAAGUCCAUGGGAGAGCGCCGUCAUGGUCGCGAAGUGACGGAUCUCGACUGGGCGAUGCAGUAUGUUUGGGAUCGCAUCACAGGGACGGUGGCCACCGGACGAAAAAUGGCUUUGAUCGGUGUUCUUGGGCUGAGGACAGAUGAUACCGCGAAUGAAUUGGAGGAUGAUUCUGACUAUUCGCAUAUCUCGGUUUUAUCUGGCAUUAAGCAGUUCCUUAUGCCGGAUAUCCGGAGUUUGAGCGAUCGCAUAAAGCCUAGCAAGACUAAUAAGGGAGACGCUAUCUCUGCGCUUGUUCUCGCGAUCCAGAUGAUUAUCACCCAAUGCAAGAAACUGAAGUACAAGCGCAGGAUUGUCCUGGUUACUAAUGGGCAGGGCCCGAUGAACCCGGACAAUCUUAGUGAGAUAACGAAGAAGAUUAAGGAGGAUAAUAUUGAGCUUAUCAUCUUGGGACCGGAUUUUGAUGAUCCUGACUACGGAGUGAAGGAGGAAGAUAAAGAUCCACGAAAGGCGGAAAACGAAGCACUCCUGCGUAGUCUGGCCGAAGACUGCGAUGGAGCCUAUGGAACCCUAGAACAAGCUGUUGCGGAGCUAGAAACACCUCGUGUUAAGAGCACAAGGAUAACGGCAAGCUUCAAGGGCCAUUUACAGCUAGGAAACCCCGCAGAAUAUGAUACUGCAGUUCGAAUUCCCGUGGAGCGCUACUACAGGACAUACGUUGCGAAGGCGCCGUCGGCUAGUCAGUUCACAGUACGUAACGAAGAGGAGAUGGAAGCGGCGGGAGCGGGCUCGCAAGAUGGUAGUUCUCUUGUAGGUGUUCGAAACAGCAGAUCCUACCAAAUUGACGAUGGGACUACUGAAGACGGAGUGACAACCGUGGAUCGAGACCAACUUGCCAAAGGUUACGAGUACGGGCGGACAUUGGUCCCUAUCAGCGAGACGGAUGAGAAUAUCACCACCCUGGAGACAUUUGCGGCUAUCGAACUUCUUGGGUUCAUACAGAGCGAUCGAUAUGAUCGGUACAUGCACAUGUCGACGACAAACAUCAUCAUUGCGCAGCGCGCCAAUGACAAGGCAGCACUCGCUCUUUCCUCCUUCAUACAUGCACUCUUCGAGCUGGAAUCGUAUGCUGUUGCCCGUACGGUGCUGAAAGAGAACAAGCCCCCUGUCAUAGUUGUGCUUGCACCAUCAAUCGAACCCGACUACGAGUGUCUCCUCGAGGCGCAAUUGCCAUUCGCAGAAGACGUACGAACGUACCGCUUCCCUCCACUCGACAGGGUCGUUACAGUGUCUGGUAAAGUGGUGACGCAGCAUCGCAACCUGCCCAGCGACGAUUUGCUGAAUGCAAUGGACAAAUACGUGAAAAUUAUGGAGCUCACCGAUACGGACGAGAACGGUGACCCGACGGAAUCUCUCCCAAUCGACGACUCCUUCUCACCAGUCCUGCACCGCAUCGAUUCUGCCGUCCGCCAUCGUGCCAUCCAUCCUAACGACCCUAUUCCCCCCCCUGCCCCAGUCCUAACAAAGUUCUCCCACCCUCCGGAUGACCUCGUUGAGAAGUCCAAGAAAUACCUAGACAAGCUAGUAGCAGUAUCAGACGUCAAGAAAGUCCCACCAAAAACCAAGGGCACCAAACGAUCCCGUGAAACGGAGAAGCCACUAUCUGGUCUCGACGUGGAUGCACUUCUCCACCAAGAGAAGCGCACAAAGAUCUCACCCAACAAUGCAAUUCCCGAAUUCAAGCAGACGCUCUCGCAGGCAGAGAACAUCGACACAAUCAAAGAUGCAGUGAAGCAGAUGAGCACUAUCAUCGAAGACCAAAUCAGACACAGUCUUGGCGAUGUUAAUUAUCCUCGGGUCGCUGAGGGGCUAGUUGUGAUGCGGGAAGAAUUGAUCGAUUAUGAGGAACCUGCGCUGUAUAAUGAUUUCUUGAAGCAGCUGAAGGAGAAGUUGUUGAAGGAGGAGCUUGGUGGGGAUAGACGGGAGCUGUGGUGGCUGCUCAGGAGGAGUAAGUUGGGGUUGAUUGACAAGGGGGAGUCGGAUCGGUCUGAGGUGGAGGAAGAGGAGGCGAAGGCGUUUAUGUCUAUGGCUGCUAAGUGAAGACUGGGGUAUUCUGAUAAGGCUUAGUUCUCC